ACGUUAUGCUCGUGUUACAAGGUGAACAUGGGAUAGCAGAAGUCGUGGUGAUGGUGACGGAUGAACGCUUGGAAGGUAGACUAAUGUAACUGUUCCUGGUGACGUUAUGCUAAUGUUACAAGAUGAACAUAGGGAUAGCAGAAGUCGUGGUGAUGGUGAUGGUGUGAGUUGCCGCCACCACACGCCGCUGCCCGUCGCUUCACUGCCUGACGUAUGAUGCAAGAAGACGCUGCGCUAAUCCACGACUCCGCUUUGCCCUUAAGACGUCCGCUCCAUCAGUUCGCCGCCCAGCUGGUCCCUCCUCCCUCCUGACGCAUUCCUCGGCUUGACAAAUGAGGGUCGUGAGUGUUGAAAUGAAGUAGAGAACGAGGGACAGAAAGGUUGUAAUUGUUUCCUAUGAUUAAUGUGUGUGUCUGAGUUUUUCUUUCUUCGCUCUCUUCCUUCCUUCCUCUCUUCUUUCGUUCGUUCGUUCGUUCGUUCGUUGGUUCCUUCUUUCUUUCUUUUCGUUCUUUCUUUCUAUAUUUGUAAGUUAGUUUCUUUUUCUUUCUUUUUCUUUCUUUCCUUUCUUCCAUUUUUCCUUCCUUCCUUCCUUCCAUCCUUCCUUCAUUUCUUCCUCCCUCCCUCCUUCCCCUCCUUUCUUCCUUCCUUCUUUCCUUCCAAACUUUCUUCCUUCUUUCCUUCCGUCCUACCUUCCUUCCUUCCUUCCUUCCAGGAGGAAAAGGAUCUUGGAGUCACUAUCAGCAGUGACCUGAAACACGCGAAUCACUGUAAAAAAGCAUACAACAAGGCCAACACUAUGCUCGGGUUCAUAGCGAGGAACUUCGAGUGUAAAACGCCAGACGUGAUGCUAUCCUUGUAUAAUUCCAUGGUAAGACCGCACCUCGAGUAUGCAGUACAGUUCUGGACUCCUUAUUACAGAAAGGACAUUGCUUUACUGGAAAGGAUUCAACGACGCGCCACAAAGAUGAUUCCAACCUUCAGGGCUCAACCGUACGAGGAACGACUCAAGCGACUCAAUCUCUUUACAUUGGAGAAAAGACGCCUACGAGGGGAUAUGAUUCAAGUCUUCAAGUAUCUGAAAAAAUUCAAUAACGUCGAUUACUCCAAAUUCUUUGAACUGCAAACCAACCUAAGAACUAGAAAUAACGGUUUACCCAUUCAGUCGAGUCGAUGUAACACAGACAUCGGAAGGAGUUUCUUUUCAAACCGAGUCAUCCGUCACUGGAACAAUCUUCCUUCAGAAGUAAUAAAUGCGAAUACCAUCAACUCCUUCAAAUAUAGAAUCGACCGUCACUUCGCUGCGUCGGGAGUAAACUGAAUAUUGAGGUGGUUUCAUCUGCUCCUCAAUAUCGAGGCGCUUUCAUCUGCUCACCAAGCCCCAAGUGGCUGUCGAGCAGAUUAAAUCACCCAAGCGGGCAACCUCGUAAUGAGCCAAUAGGCUUUCUGCUGCCUGCAUUUCCAUGUUUCCAUGUUUCCAUGUUUCCUUCCUUCCUACCUCAAUCCCUCCCUCCCUUCCUUCCUUCCA